GUAAAAACGGAGAUGUCAGAUCAGGGUGAGCUGUAUGAAAAUUCCUGGAUCCUUCAUCACGUCCUCGAAAGGUUCAUAGGGAGUCGUGAGGUUGUAGCCGCCAGGAGAAAGAUGAAACUUUUAGUGGAACGUAUUUUCAACGCUAUAGAAAAAGAUUUCAAAAAGUUUCAAGCAGGAAGUGGAGCAGAAGGAAUUGAUAUGAAAGGCUCAGAUGAAGACCUCAUGUUUACUGAUGAAAAUGUGAUAGUUCUGUGUCCGGAACAUGACACCUGUAUUCCACCAGAUAAAAGGGAAAACACAUAUGCGAUAAUGAGGGAAACUGACAGUAGACCUGGUUAUGUAGCCCUUGAAGUAGUCCAAAUGGGAGAAAAAGCUAAUAACUACUUGCUCAAAUCUGUUGUUCCAGUUGGGCAUUUACAAUUCAUAUCAAGUGAAAUAUACGUAAGGGUUUGGUAUGACGAUUUUAUUAAAUCAUUACCCGUGGAAAUACAUGGUCCAGCUAACACUGUGAACGAUCAAACAUCUGCUGCUGUGGCUACAGAUUAUGUGGUAUCUUUUCAGUGUUGCAACUGGCCGAAGGUUGCAGAUGAGUGGGUGACCAGACCCCGCUUUUAUAACUGGCCAGAUCAAGCUUUGAGGGAUCAGAUAGUACAAGAUGGUUGCCAUCUUGUCCCUGUAGGCGAUAAAACAUCUGCUGACACAUUCCUACAAUGGAGGAUUUCUUUCGUAACUGCGGAAAGGAAACUUGUAUCUUCUCUCACCCGUGUUCAAUUUUUAGUGUACGGACUUCUCAAGUAUUUCCUCAAACAGAUAUCUGACAUGUUGAAACAGUUAUUAGGAGAUAUAGAUAUCAUAACAUCAUAUAUUAUGAAAACUGUUAUUUUCCAUGCAGUGGAAAACACGCCUAGUCUGCUUUGGCAAGAGAAACAUUCAUUUUUCUGUUUCAUGUUUUGCUUAAACAUUUUAAUAAGCUGGACAAAGAUAGGAUAUUGUCCAAAUUUUUUCAUCAAAAGAAACAAUAUGUUUCUUGGCAAAGUUCAGGGUGAAAAUCAGGAAAAACUCCUUCGUUUUCUCGUUGAUCUCCGUAAUAAGAAAUGGGGAUGUCUUUCAGUUGGAACAUUCAUACAGCCAUCCAUAGGAGAGCGUAUUGCUAGAGUGAGGAAUGGAGACUGGGAAUAUGUUCUACCUCCUUCAUCACUAUUACAACUGGAAUGUGAUAUGAUAAUAGUUUCCGGAAUAGUCAAGUGUGCGCACAUUCCAGAAGUACUGCCCACAUCACUGGCACUCCUAUCUAAUUUGAAGUCAGACGUGGAUGAAUUUAUAUCUUAUGCUGUUACUGCAAACGGUCUGCGUUUUAAAGGUAUGGAGACUUUCGAGAAACAUGUUCCUGCUAGAGGAAAUAAAGAGAAGUACAAAUCGCUCAGAAAAUCGAAGAAACUUCUGACACCACUUGCCUCAAUAUGUAAAAGUCCAGGAGAGUUAACAUUAGCAACAUAUUACUACCAGACUGGGAAUUACAGUAAGGCCCUGGAAUUAUGUGGACACAUGAUUUCCCUUUUUAAAACUUAUUUCGCAAACGAUUCAGUUACUCAGUCUUUAGCAGAUAUGUAUGAACAGAUUUACUCUGGACAGAGGUUCACCCUAUGGCGGACGUUCAGGGAGGCUUUUGUAGUAGAUAUAAACCUGCUGAAACGCGCUCCACACUUCUGCCAAUUACAGUUACAUCAGGAAAUCCAAAUAUCUGAUUCACUGCCAAUAUCCCCAUUCCCCUUCGCUGAGUUUCUGUCUUUCCUGUGUUACCACGAACUCGGCGACAACGAGAGACGUGACUCGGCAUUGCUACGUCUUGUGGCUUUGAAGCAUAAAAGAGAACUAAUGGAUAAUGUACGGUGGAUGAUACACAAUAUCCUAGGUGUAUGUUAUGAGAUGGUAGGAAGCCCACGGAUGGCACUCAAGGAAUACAGAGAAUCGAUUGCCAUUCCAGUACUUAACCAAAGCAUUAACCCCGCCAAGGAAAGGAUUGAACGUUUACAACAGUGUUAAAGAUACUAUCAAGGCAGCACCCGUUCAUAGUAAAGUAAUACCUAGACAAAAUGUAAAAUGCCCUCAAAAGAAACUGCAUAACAUAACUCGCUGUUUUAUAUAGUGACAUCAGGAUUCACAGCGUCUCAAUCGUCAAUGACUUUAAAAAGUAACAGUGACAUCAGACUCUCAAUCGCCAAGUACUUUAAAAAGUAACAGUGACAUCAGACUAAUUGAACAUUUAUCAGUAACUCAACAGGAACCAAUACACACUGCCAUCCACAGGCUCCUAUACACGUUGCAGAAAAAUGUUUUGAAAUUCAGUCAAUGUCAUUAAGAUAUUGUUAAUUGUAAUUUUCGUAUUGAACUUUUUAUGGUUAUGCUUUCAUUAUCUUUCAAUAGUCGAUUUGGUCAUUGAGAAUGUACAAAUCGUCAAUAUUUUACAAUAAUAUAUGUCAUUUUAGGGAUUUUAAGAGCAGAUUUCCACACAUUACAUUAUUUUCUGAGUGUAAUGUUAAGGUAUAUGUUUAAAAAGUGUCGUAUAUUUUUGGAAUACAUUGGGAAAUAGAUAAGGAAAAACUUAAGGGAGAUAACCAGCGUAACAUAGAAAAUAGGAAAGCAGGGGAGAUAAACAGUGUUCCCUAGAGGUUUGACAAUAAGGGAGAUGGAAUGUGUUCCCUAAAAUGAAGUUCAGAUUUAACCACUAGUCAUUGAAGGGCGGUAAAGUGAGGAAGAUGAUCUGCUCUCAGUAUUCCUUAAAGGGCGGGAAAGUAAGGGAGAUAAGGUGUUACCAGUAUCCUUUAAAGGUCAGGGAAGUAAAUUGGUACUUCCUAGAGGAUGGAAGGCAAGAGAAAAAGGGAGAUAACUAGUAUUAUAUAGUGGAUGUGAAGGUAAGGGAGAUAACCAGUAUUACAUAGAGGAUGGGAAGGUAAGGGAGAUAACCAAUAUUACAUAGAGGAUGGGAAGGUAAGGGAGAUAAUCAGUAUAUCAUAGGGGAUGGGAGGUAAGGGAGAUAACCAUUAUUGCCUGGAGGAUAGGAAGGUAAGGGGAAAUACAUGUAUUACGUGAAGGAUGGAAAAGUAAAGGAGAUUAUCAGUAUCACUUUGAUGAUGAAAAGGUAAAUGAAAUUAAAUUCGGUUGUUUUCGUAGGUAUUCGUGUGUAUAGCGCACCUGGGUGGACAUCGGGGUGGAUGUCACGUGGUGUAAGGCUAUAUAAGGCAUGCACGUGGAUAGUGCGCUCUUUCAAGUUUGUUGCUCAUCACGUAUACACGUACAUUGACUUAAACAGUUUGUUAUGGCGGAUAUCGAGACAAAGACUGACGACGAGCUGCUUUCCAUGCAUGAGGACACUAACUCAGUACAUGUAUUUGACGAGUCUGGCAUUAGCGAGAACAUUGUCACUAACGAGGACGCCGUAUCCUUGUUCAGUUCAACUUUACAAAAAGUUUUGCAAAAACAGACUGAGGAGAUUCUUAACACGUGUACCCCAGAUUCCGUGAAUGCUUAUGAGUUCAAGCAUGAAGGACAAAAAUUACAGUUUAAUUUCAACACAGAGAGACUAGCGGAGCUUUCGAAUGAGCAACGAGCUGUUAUCCCAUUUAUGUGUUUGUUAUUCAUUUGAAUUUAAUUGUUUUAUGUUCGGAGGAAUUUAAUGAGGGAGAACAUAAGAGAGAUGAUCAGUAUUACUUUGAUGAUAGAACUGUAAGGGAGAUAAUCAGUAUUACUUUGAUGGUGGGAAGGUAAGGGAGAUAAUCAGUAUUACUUUGAUUAUUUAAAGGUAAGGGAGAUAAUCAGUAUUACUUUGAUUAUUUAAAGGUAAGGGAGAUAAUCAGUAAUACUUUGAUUAUUUAAAUGUAAGGGAGAUAAUCAGUAUUACUUUGAUGGUGGGAAGGUAAGGGAGAUAAUCAGUAUUACUUUGAUGAUGGAAAGGUAAGGGAGAUAAUCAGUAUUACUUUGAUUAUUUAAAUGUAAGGGAGAUAAUCAGUAUUACUUUGAUGAUAGAACUGUAAGGGAGAUAAUCAGUAUUACUUUGAUGGUGGGAAGGUAAGGGAGAUAAUCAGUAUUACUUUGAUUAUUUAAAUGUAAGGGAGAUAAUCAGUAUUACUUUGAUGAUGGAAAGGUAAGGGAGAUAAUCAGUAAUACUUUGAUUAUUUAAAUGUAAGGGAGAUAAUCAGUAUUACUUUGAUGAUGGAAAGGUAAGGGAGAUAAUCAGUAAUACUUUGAUUAUUUAAAUGUAAGGGAGAUAAUCAGUAUUACUUUGAUGAUUGAACUGUAAGGGAGAUAAUCAGUGUUAAUUUAAUGAUGGAAAGGUAAGGGAGAUAAUCAGUAUUACUUUGAUGAUGGAACUGUAAGGGAGAUAAUCAGUGUUAAUUUAAUGAUGGAACUGUAAGGGAGAUAAUCAGUAUUACUUUGAUGAUUGAACGGUAGGGGAGAUAACCACUAUUACACAGAGUGUGUAUAAUUUUAUUGUAUGCCAAUGCCAUGUAUAUAGAUGACUUCAAUCAACGAAACCUGUUAAGGGUAUACACAUUCCUCAGAAUUUACUGUAGCGGAUUGGAACAAAACCUUCGUGGUAAACAAGUAAUGUUUUUUUUUUUAAUUUUUAAAGACAUUUUU